CACGUAUCGACUACACUUGUAGGCUGUAAGCGUUACCAAACGGGUCCUGUCCGAUGAGGAGAGCUACUUGCCCUAAUUACUCUGGUGCUUAGAACUUUAUGGGCAACUGGAUUAUAGCGUGCUGUUACGCUGUUGCUUUGUAACUGCAGGAACACCAUGCAAUACCAGCAUCCCGUCUCUUCGGCGAUGAACGCAAAUGUUCCUCUUUACGCGCCGACUCCAAUUCAGCCCGUGCACCCGACUCCCUUUUACAUUGACGAUAUCCUGGGAAGAAGCGUGACUCCGACGCCAAAUGCAGCAGUUUCAGCUCCUACUAUGCCGUCUCCAAAUUCGUCGUUUACGAGUUUAGUGUCGCCGUACAGAGCUCCCAUCUAUGAGCCAACACCGAUACAUCCAGCCUUCUCGCACCCCGCGGCGCUGACGGCUGCGUACCCCUCCGGAGCCCUUGCAAACUCUCUCUACCCCUUUCACCGCGGAGAUUACCCCCACGCACUGAUUAGACACGACCCUUUAGGGAAACCACUUUUAUGGACUCCAUUCAUACAACGACCGCUACACAAACGAAAGGGGGGUCAAGUAAGAUUCUCCAAUGACCAGACAAUUGAACUGGAAAAGAAGUUUGAGACACAGAAAUACCUGUCGCCGCCAGAACGAAAAAGACUGGCCAAGAUGCUCCAGCUCAGUGAGCGGCAGGUAAAGACGUGGUUCCAGAAUCGAAGAGCAAAAUGGCGACGUCUCAAACAGGAGAAUCCGCAGAGCAGUAAACGGGAGGCAGAGUGCGACAAUUGCGAAAGGAGCUGCGAGCCGCGGCCGAAGCUGGCGAUGGCUUCGGAUCAGAAGAGCGGCGACGGUCCGCGCAGCCGCUCGCACGGCUCCUCCUCCCCAGUAUCGCAGGGAGAACUCGAAUCGGAGGUGUCGGACGAUUCGGACCAGGAGCUGGACAUUGAAGAAAACUGCUCCCUAAACGACCCAAUAUGAACCGUACACUUAAACAUCCAGUCCGCAGUGAACGUUUGAGUUUCUGGAGUUUAUAUAUAUAUAUAUAUAUAUGCUUGUACAUAUUGUAUGAAAAAAUGCUUUUCUGAUGAUAAAUUAAUUAAUACCUUUAGCGCAGCGUUUAAGAAACUGUGGGUUGUAUAGUUAACUUUCAGCGCGGAUUUAUGCAAGAAAUAAAUGAAUCGAAUCAUAAAGUCUGUAAUUUUUUUUUAUUUCGCCACACGAAUUGUGCUUGCAGUGUUUAUAUAAUUCAUAUUCUGUGAAAAUUUCAGGAACUUGUGAAAAACUCUGCUGAAAAUUCCGUCAAAUUCUAUAUAUCUUUUUUCCGUAAAUAAAGACACUCAAAUGUCCAUCCUCUUAAAUGGUGCGUUUAAUGUUCCCGUUUAAUAACUUAUGUUAUGGUAGCGGAACAUUUUAGAGCGCUUUGGAGCUGCAAGGCUUCCUGUAAUAUUGUGAAAUUGCCUUUUUCUUUCAAGAUAAAGAAGUGCUAUGGGCCCUCACUCAAUUGCGAAAUUAAACUGUUUCACACUGAA